AUGACUGGCCGUCGUGGUCGAGGUCGUCCUUCUCUUGCUGGGAGCUUGGCUUCCACCCGAGCAAACUCCCCAAGCUCAGCCUCUACUCCCGCUGCUGCUGCACGCACUGGUCGUGUCACUAGAUCUGCCUCGGCCAAGAAUUUAACAGCAAUUAAACAACCUGUGAUCCAGUUGGACCAGCACCGGACUCCAGCAAAAGAAGGUCGUGGAAAGCCUGGUCAGGCUCCCUCACUCGCCAAUGAUUCGGUUUCCUCUGCUCCAUCUGCUACGGCCUCUGCCGACUUCACCUCAGCCAGCGAGGAUUCUACUCCAGCUACGAGCAACGUUGCGACACCCGCUCCAUCUGUAUCUACAGGCAAUGGCUUGAGACGUACCGCCAGAUCACGUCGAUCAAACCCGCUGUUUGAGAUCCAGCUUCCAACUGCCGCAGACCACUCUCGUGAGCGAGCCCUACGUCGAAGUGAAUACUCACUGAAGCCGCAAACCAAACGCAAGCGCUUUGAUGUCGGAGAUAGCGAUGACGAAGAAGAAGAGUACUCUGACACUUCUCCUGAUGCUAUUGUUGCCCGCCGCCUCCAAAAUGAGGAAAAUCGCAAGGGCACCACCGGCGUUUCUGAUGUUGACCUCGCCAUUCGUUUGCAACAAGAGGAAUACGAUGAGGCUGAUUCUCUCAUCGAGGCUCCUUCUGAAAUACACCAGCAACGUGGUCGGCGUAGUUUAAGAUCACUUACAGCAUCAAACCCAGCCCAACCUUCUGCCAAAGAUAUUGUUGAGGCGGAUACAGAUGACGAGCCUCUCGCUGCGCGAGCCAGACGUGGUCGUGGUCGGUCUUCCAACAUCAGUGCUCCAGCUCCAAAGCCGGCAGCAAAGCGACAAAAGGGUUCCAUUGCCGAUUCUGAUGACGAUGAGCUCGCCGGACCCAUGGAAGUGGAUGACAUAGAAGACUUCGCUAUACAAGAUAGCGAUUCUGAGGAGGAGAUUGAUGAGAACCCAAGAAGAUCAUCGACUAAGACGGUUAAGAAGGCUGUCCGACAAUCCAGAGCUACUACCUCCGUCUCUGCUACCACUCAUGCAGCGCUCCCAGAUGACGAUUCUGACGGGCUGUCCAGCCUUUCCAGCUAUGUAUCUGACGGCUCCGCUACGACCCCAGCCUCUGCGGAUUCAAGCGAGUCGGAUGGUGAGAACAUGCAGAACGCUGUCGCUAGACAAUCCCGCCUUCGUCGUGCUUAUCAACAUGGCUCCCGACGCCGUGGCAAGCUUGAGCGUAACAGACUUGAACAUCAUCACCCAGAGAUCAAGACCAUGUGGGAAGAGCUGAAAGCUUUGCCGCCUAUUAGGCCCGAGAAAAUAGCUCAGCCAGCACAGAUUUCUCGUCAACUCAAGCCCUUCCAGCUCGAGGGAGUCGCAUGGAUGAUUGCCAUGGAGAAAACUGAUUAUAGAGGUGGCCUGCUCGGAGACGAGAUGGGUCUUGGCAAGACCAUUCAGGCGGUCUCAUUGAUCAUGUCAGACUACCCCGCGAAGCUUCCGUCUCUCGUCUUGGUCCCCCCCGUCGCGUUGAUGCAAUGGCAAUCGGAAAUCGCAGCUUACACUGACGGCACUUUGAAAACUUUCGUAUAUCACGGCUCACUCAGCAAGACGAAGCAGAUGACUCUUAAGGAGUUGAAGCAAUUUGAUGUCAUUAUGAUGUCUUACAACAGUCUUGAGUCCAUGUACCGCAAGCAAGAGAAGGGCUUUACUCGUAAAGAUGGCAUUCACAAGGAGGAGAGCCUUAUCCACAAGAUCGACUUCCAUCGCGUCAUCCUUGAUGAAGCUCACAGCAUCAAAGUACGAACUACCAUGACAGCUAAAGCAUGUUUCGCUCUCAAAACCGAAUACAGAUGGUGCUUAACUGGUACGCCUCUUCAAAACCGGAUUGGCGAGUUCUUUUCCCUGCUUCGCUUCCUCGAAAUCAAGCCAUAUGCGUCCUACUUGUGUAAACAGUGCCCCUGCGCUGGCUUGGAAUGGAACCUGAACGACAGGCACCGCUGCAACACAUGCGGACAUGCUGGUAUGCAACACGUUUCUGUGUUCAACCAAGAGCUUCUCAACCCAAUUCAAAAAUUUGGCAACUUCGGCAAGGGCCGCGAGGCGUUCCAAAAGCUUCGUCUCAUGACCGACCGCAUCAUGCUCCGUCGCCUGAAGAAGGAUCAUACCAAUUCCAUGGAGCUUCCUGUGAAGGAAAUCUAUGUCAAUCGACAGUUUUUCGGUGAAGUUGAGAACGACUUCGCCAACAGCAUUAUGACAAACGGUCAGCGCAAGUUCGAGACUUAUGUUGCUCAGGGAGUGCUGCUUAAUAAUUAUGCCAAUAUUUUUGGUCUUAUUAUGCAGAUGCGUCAAGUUGCGGACCAUCCUGAUUUGAUCCUGAAGAAGAAUGCAGAGGGCGGUCAAAAUACUCUUGUCUGUUGCAUCUGUGACGAGCCUGCCGAGGACGCCAUAAAAAGUCGCUGCAAGCAUGAUUUCUGCCGUGCUUGCGCUCGAAGCUAUCUGAUGCAGUCGGCAGAACCCGACUGCCCUCAGUGCCACAUCGGCUUGGCCAUUGACUUGGAGCAACCGGAGAUUGAGCAGGACGAGGUCCAAGUCAAGAAGUCAUCGAUUAUCAAUCGGAUCAAGAUGGAGAAUUGGACCUCCUCGUCCAAGAUUGAACUUCUCGUCCACGAACUUCACAGACUUCGCUCUGACAACGCAUCUCACAAGUCCAUCAUUUUUUCACAGUUCUCGUCUAUGCUACAGCUGAUUGAGUGGCGCCUUCGCCGCGCUGGCAUUACCACUGUCAUGUUGGAUGGUAGUAUGAACCCUGCGCAGCGCCAGGCUUCCAUCAACCACUUCAUGACGAAACCUGAGGUUGAAUGCUUCCUCGUGUCUCUCAAGGCAGGUGGUGUUGCCCUGAACCUUACCGAGGCGUCCCGAGUUUUCAUCGUUGACCCCUGGUGGAAUCCUGCCGCAGAGUGGCAAUCAGCCGAUCGUUGCCAUCGCAUCGGUCAGACACGCCCUUGCACCAUUACCCGCCUUUGUAUCGAAGACUCUGUCGAGAGUCGCAUGGUUCUGAUUCAAGAAAAGAAAACCAAUAUGAUUAACUCCACUGUCAAUGCUGACGAGAAGGCCAUGGAGUCACUGAGCCCGGAAGACAUGCAAUUCCUUUUCCGGGGCUCUUAG